AUGAAAACUCCGUGCAUAUUUCCUGGAUGUUCAUUUAUAAGUAAGCUCUUUGGCUCCAAGACAAGUGAAUUCGAAAAUGAAGCUUUAGAAGUACACAAUGAGUACCGACGAGAACAUGGAGUACCUCCAUUAGUAUUAAAUAAAGAUAUAAGUAAAAUAAGUCAAAAAUGGGCCGAAGAAUUGGCAAAAAAAGAUGCCAUGUCCUACAGUUUGAACCAAAAUUAUGGAGAAAGCGUAUAUUGCGGAUGGUCACCGGAUCCUAAUGUUAAAAUAAAGGCACGAGACUGCGUCGAAAAAUGGUACAAUGAAAUCAAAGAUUUCUCAUUCGGCAAGGAACCGGAGAUACUGAAUUGCGGCCAUUUCACACAAAUCGUUUGGAAAAACACUAGAGAGCUGGGUGUUGGAAGCGCCAAAAGUAAAUCGGGGAAACUGUAUGUUGUUGCGAAUUAUUUCCCUCCGGGUAACUAUAGUGAACAAUUUGUCAAAAACGUUUUACCUCCAGGUGCGUUACAAUUCAGAUCCAGCUUCAGUAGUACAAGCUCUUACCCCGAACGGAACAACUCAACCGGAUCACAGUCACCUAGCCAAAGGAUUAGCAAAAACUUAACCGCGAUCGGCACGGACUUAGUUACUAAGUUCAGGUCGACAUCCAUAUCUAGUGAAAAAUUUGAAGAGGAUUUUUUAAGGGCCCACAACGAAUAUCGUAGGAAUCAUGGUGUUUCUGCGUUAGAACUAAACAAGAAGCUGUGUAAAUAUGCCGAAGAAUGGGCGAAAAAGCUCGUGAAGAUCGGAAAGGUGGAGCACAGAGAUCAAAAUGAAUAUGGUGAAAAUAUUUUCUACGCCUGGUCUUCAGACCCCAAUUUUAAUGUUUCUGGGCGAGACCCAGUUGACAAGUGGUAUGAAGAAAUCAAAUUACAUUCUUUCGGUAGAGAACCGAGUGACAUUAAGUCUGGGCACUUCUCACAAGUAAUUUGGGAGGAUAGCAAAGAGUUAGGCGUAGGCGUGGCAAAGUCAAAAGAAGGACAAUUUUACGUUGUUGCUUAUUACUAUCCACCAGGAAAUGUAAUGGGAAGUUUUGCGAAAAAAGUUAAACCACCUAUAAAC